AUGACAGUUCUCAAACAUCUUGUCGAGCUGAAGAGUGACCAAAAGGACGAGGACCUCGUGGCCUGGCAGUGGCUUCAAAGACUAGUGAAAAUUCUGGGAGACCAUGGAAUGAGUUCAGAAGAGAGGGACAUGGAGAAUGAGUUUGAGUGUGUGCUCCACGUCAAGAACAUGGGAUGGCAUUAUGGGAUAGAACGAGAGCUAAAUAUUGUAGAUCAUCAACAGUUGUUGGACAAUGAUAUUUUCGCACCCUAG